AAAUUGGCACUUAUUAAACCCCACUCAUUUCUUCUCUUCCAUUACCCCCAAACACACACAAUCCUCUCCCCAAUAUAAUUUCCCAGACAAACUGAGAAAUUGGUCUCAGUCUAUCCCCAGAAAAUAACUCAUUCCAACUCUAGUCCCUCGAGAGAUGGCCGACUCUUCAUCGGAGUCCAAAAUGGUCACGGCGAAGGCGGUCUUCUCUGCGGCAGCCUCGGUCACGGCCAGCAUAAUGCUGGCCCGGACCUUAGCCAAUGACCUCCUCCCCCACGAAUUCCAAGAAUACUUCUUCUCCGGGGUCCGGAACUUCUUCUCCCAGUUCUCGUCUCAGGUCACGGUUGUGAUCGAAGAGUUUGACGGCCUCGUGAACAAUCAGAUCUAUGAGGCCGCCCAGGUUUAUCUCAGUACGAAGAUCUCGCCCUCGACGCGGCGGCUAAAGGUGUCCAAGCCUGAGAAGGAAAACAACUUCAAUGUGUCGAUGGAGACAAAUGAGGAAGUCAUCGAUGUCUUCAACGGGGUCAAGGUUAAGUGGAUCCUUGCUUCGAGGAGGGUCGAGUCGGGUUAUCGGGCCGAUCACGGGAUGAACUCGUCGUACAACUUCGAGGUCCGAUUUUUCGAGCUCAGCUUCCACCUGAAGCACCAGGACAUGGUGAUCAAUUCCUACUUGCCUCACAUUGUGGAGGCUGCCAAGUCUCUAAGGCAAGAGAAGAAGACGCUCAAGCUCUUCACUCCGAGCUUCGAGCACAUGUAUGGCAACCUCUCGGAUGCGUGGACCCCAGUGAACCUCGAUCAUCCUGCAACGUUCGAGACACUUGCCAUGGAGUUAGAGAUUAAAAAGACAAUCCUCGAGGACCUCGAGCGGUUCGUGAAGAGGAGGGACUAUUACAGGAGGGUCGGGAAGGCCUGGAAGAGAGGGUACCUCCUGUACGGGCCACCAGGGACAGGGAAGUCGAGCCUAGUGGCAGCGAUGGCGAAUUACUUGAAUUUUGACAUUUAUGACUUGGAGCUCACCGAGCUGAGGUGCAACUCGGACCUGAGGAGGCUGCUUGUAGCAACGGCUAAUAGGUCGAUCCUAGUGGUGGAGGACAUUGAUUGCACGAUCGAGUUUCACGAUCGGGCUGCCGAGGCGAGGGCAACCAAUUUCCCUCCAGGGUAUGCACCGGAGAAGCAGGUGACACUUUCUGGCUUGCUUAAUUUCAUAGACGGGUUGUGGUCGAGCUGCGGGGACGAGCGGAUAAUCGUGUUCACGACAAACCACAAGGAGAAGCUCGACGCUGCCCUGCUACGGCCCGGAAGGAUGGAUGUCCAUGUCCACAUGUCAUACUGCACCCCGUGCGGUUUCAAGCUCCUUGCCGCCAAUUACCUAGGUGUGAAGGAACACAUCUUGUUUGGGGAGAUCGAGGAUCUCGUCCGUACUGCAGAGGUCACGCCAGCUGAAGUGGCGGAGCAGCUUCUAAAGGGCAGGGACCAGCCCGACGACGCGUUUAGGGACAUGAUCGAGUUCCUCAAGUCGAAGAAGAAAGAAAACGAGGAACUCAAGGCCAAGAAAGUUCAAGAAGAGUUGGAAGAAAAGAAGAGGAAGGAAGAGGAAAAGGAGAAGAAAAGGAAAGAAGAGGAAGAAAUGAAGGGGAAGGAUGGAAAAACAGAUAAUGACGACAAAAGCAAAUUAAACUAAAUUCUCUAUAUAGACAUUAAAAUACUUUGGUAUAAUCGUCGUUAAGAACCUUGUCUCCCGGUGAAGUCGACGAUGUGUCAUAAAAAGAAGGGGAAAAGAACAGAAAAGAUACUAUUUUGUUAUUCAAUUUUUAGUUUCAUCCU